AUGAAACGGUUUCUGCUAAGUCGAAGACAAAGACACCUUCGUGAGAUUUGCUUUCAUAAUAUAAGUCUCUUUAAGGCCAAUGGUGACUCCAGGUUGAUCAAAGAGCACGGUGAUGGAUUUGUACCAUGCUUCUUUGUCUUAGAAUCUAUAAAAGGGGAAUUGCUUUAUGUGAGUGAGGUGCAAUCGGGUUCUUUACGUGAACUUUGUUUCCAGGAAUUACCGAAACUUACUGGUGCAUCUACUAUGAUUAUACUAAAAUUGGUAGGACUCGUUCCCAAUGAGAUUUUGUGCACCGUAAGUUUGGAUAAAAAUGGUAUAAUUGACGACAAAUGGUGCGUUUUAUGUACCUACACGAUAGAUCUUAACAAGCUACACCCCGUAAACGAAGACACAGUUCUAAUCACAGGUACCAAUGCACCAGUACUUCACUUGGUAGAUGGGCCUUACACGUUACCUACAGAAAAUACUAAACCACUAAAAGGCCCUGUCGGUUCGCAUAAAAGGAAUAUAAGUCAAGUCAAGAUCAAAUAUUCGUUGACAUAUAGUUCUUUACUGAAAUUAAGCAAACUAUUAGAGUACUCUUCCCAAGUACAUGAAGAAAUCAAUGAAAUUUCCAGCAAAAUAGAAGAGGGCUUUUUGUUACAUAAAAAUCAAAAUCACUGGUAUAUGAGAACUGUACAAAAGUCCAUAGAGACACUAGAAAAGGAGGUCCUACAGAGGAAAAAAAACAAGAAAAAUAUAGAAAUGGCACGACUCGAGAAUAAUGACACUAUCAACCAUUCUAAAACAGAGAUUUCCCUGAUGUCACAGGAUGAAUCCAUAAAUGAUGACUAUGGAAGCAUAUAUUCUAGAUUCGUGCAAAUCAAGGAUAGACUGGAUCAACUGAGAUUUAAGAAACUGUAUCAGCUGAUAGGGAUCUUCCAUUCAACGGAUUUAUUUAAUUCAGAUAGAGGUUAUAUUUAUUUCGAAAAGCCUUCUAGCAUAAAUGAUGUUAUUAGUAGACUCAAACUGAAACCCUUGAAUAUGGGAAUAUUACUUAGACAAGCCGGUGAAUCAACAAGGCACAUGGAAUAUCCACUCUAA